GAAAACACGGCGCGAGCUGAGCUGAGCGAGCGACCGACCGGUGGCGCGUGAGGCAGUGGGAGCGCGGGAGGGACGAGACGAGCGCCUGGCCGGAGCUCGGCGGCAUCCCGACGGGCGAGUGGACUGAGCCGCUCCCCCACAGGGGACCGGAGCGAGCGUGGGCAUUGCUCCGCAGUUUGGAUCCAGUUGAGGGAGAUAUCGCCCGGGCUGUCCUGCCGUUGGAUGUUGGGGCACGUCCACUCGGGCGUUGAGGCAGAUCCCCGCUCGGUUUGAGGAAGCUUGCUUGCGGGUCGACGCUGUGUGUGAGCAGUUGUCGUGUGUGGGAGUGCUGAUGAUCCGAAAGCUAUGUUCAGGGUCUGGACUGGGGCUGGGCACUCGCUUCGGGAGUAUUCGACUCUCCCAGCGCUUCGCCUUUCUGAUCUUCCUCAGUGCCUUGGUCACCGUGUGCUUCGGGGCCAUCUUCUUCCUCCCGGACUCGCUGCGGCUCCGCCGCUUCUUCUUGCUGUCCACCGAGCCGCAGCGCACGGACGUCGCGGGGAGUGGGCAGGGAGCGGGGCCGAGGCUGGCCGCGGCAUCUCCGCGCAGGCAGCCCGAAGCGCACACCCGCUCUCUGUGGCGGGGAAAGGAAGACAGGGCCGGUGGGGGGUCCCUGCUGGAUCUAAUUCGCCAGGGGGUGACGACGGGGGAGCGUAGGGUCAACAGCGAUGUGGAGAGCGGGGCAGCAGUCAACAGAGGCCCGGUGGCCAGCGACAGCCACUACCCACCAUCGCUGGAGCCCCCAGCAGAGUCCACAGAUCAGGACGCGAGGAGCCACCAGGAAAAAGUCAAAGAGAUGAUGAAAUUUGCUUGGGAUAACUACAGACGAUACGCAUGGGGAUCUAAUGAACUCAAACCAUUGUCAAAGAAUGGACAUGCAAGUGGUUUAUUUGGAGGUCUUCUCGGAGCCACUAUUGUAGACUCUUUGGAUACACUCUUCAUUAUGGGUCUUCAAGAGGAAUUUAGAGAAGCCAAAGAAUGGGUGGAAAGCAACUUGGAUUUCAAUGUGAAUGGAGAAGUGUCUCUCUUUGAAGUCACCAUCCGUUUUGUUGGUGGAUUGCUAUCGGCAUAUUAUUUGACAGGUGAUGAGUUAUUCAAAAUAAAAGCAAUUGAAUUAGGAGAGAGACUAUUGCCAGCUUUUAAUACUCCUACAGGCAUUCCCUGGGCCUUGAUAAACCUCCGCAGUGGAGUUGGUCGGAACUGGGGCUGGGCUUCAGGGGGUAGCAGUAUUUUGGCAGAGUUUGGCACCUUACAUCUGGAGUUUGUCCACCUAAGUGAGGUGUCAGGUAAUCCAAAGUUUGCUGAAAAGGUGAUGGCAAUCCGAAAAGUUCUAAAUCGACUCGAGAAACCUCAUGGCCUUUAUCCCAAUUACCUUAGCCCUGUUACUGGACAUUGGGGGCAGCAUCAUGUCUCCAUUGGAGGGCUCGGGGACAGUUUCUAUGAAUAUUUAAUCAAAGCCUGGCUUAUGUCUGACAAAACUGACGAAGAAGCAAAAGCCAUGUAUUAUGAGGCAUUACAGGCUAUAGAGACAAAUCUAGUGAGGAGAUCUGCCAGUGGUUUGACUUAUAUUGCAGAGUGGAGAGGUGGAAUACUGGAUCAUAAAAUGGGGCAUUUGGCAUGUUUCUCAGGAGGGAUGCUAGCCAUGGGAGCAGAUGAUGCACCAGCAGAUAAGUCUAAGCACUACAUGGAAUUGGCAGCAGAAAUCACCUUCACCUGCCAUGAAUCGUAUAAACGAUCAGCAACUAAACUUGGUCCUGAAGCAUUUCGUUUCGAUGGAGGUGCAGAUGCCGUUGCUACAAGAAUGAAUGAUAAGUAUUACAUCCUGCGCCCUGAAGUGAUUGAAACCUACAUGCAUAUGUGGAGAUUUACCCAUGACCCCAGGUAUAGAGAAUGGGGCUGGGAGGCAGUACAGGCUCUGGAGCAGUACUGCCGAGUAGAUGCUGGAUUUUCUGGAAUAAGGGAUGUCUAUAGUACCCUGCCACACCACGAUGAUGUACAGCAGAGCUUUUUUCUUGCAGAGACAUUGAAGUAUCUGUACGUUUUAUUCUCUGAAGAUGAAUUGCUGUCUCCAGAACAUUGGGUGUUUAAUACAGAAGCCCAUCCACUACCUGUAAUACGCAGGAAUACACAGGAACAAGUGAUCACAAAUGAUCAGUAACAAAAUCUAUCCUGAAGAAAGGAUAUUCUUUAUCAGUCUUUGGGGUUGAAAUAAAUUUCCUUUCCAGUAAAGGACCUUUAUUGAUAUAAUUAGAAACAAGUUGACAGCAGUUUAAUUGAUGUGUUGUGGUAUUUGAUCUAUUCAGGACACAUUGAUUUCCUCUAUGAGGAGUUGCAUGGCCUGUUGUCUGCUUGUGGUGGGCCACACUUUAAGCUAAGUCUCAGAAAGACACCAUUUAUACCUAAGGUUUCAACAGAGGGAGAAUGCAAACAUCAAAUUGACUGUUCUUUUUAACCAAAGGAUUAAAAUGUCACACAUAGUAUUACUGUAGUAUACUCCCUUUCUCAUUUUAUAUAAAAAAAACAUGUAUUUGUGUAAAGCAAAGUAAAUGCACAUUAAGUCAUUUAUGUUUAUUAUUAAAUUAACAUUACCAACUGGGUUCUGAGGUUCCAUUAUUCAAUAACAAGUCCUUUCAUUUUCUCUGCGAAAAAAAAACUGAUUUGUAUAUUUGCAUAAAAUGUCUUUGGGUGCUGCCUUUAGAUGUUGUUAAUUAUUUAUUUGAAACAUCUAGCAAGUCUGUUCAACCAUGCAGGUAAGAAUAUGAUGUAAAUUAGUCACAGUGCACUGAGAAGGUGGAAAUUAAAUAUUAAAGGGGUGAACCUCCUCUUUAAUGGGAGCAGAUUGUCCAUUUUACAUUUUGGCAGUUCUGCACUAUCAAAAGUAAAUUUCAUAGUUUAAUGCUUAUUUUUAUAUUCAAAUAUUCCAUUGUUUUCCAAUCUAUACAAAGUAAAACCGAAUUUUCUGCGAUAUUUUUAUUCCACCUCUUUUAUAACUACAUUGGGCAGAAAUAGUAAUUUAUGCAGUGUAAUGCAAUCCAAAUAUAUCAUUUAAAUAAUUGUAUAACUUAUAAUGGCAGUCAUCACAUGCAUUGUUCCAAAAUCAGUGUACAUAUACAUCUGACAUUUCUGACUCUUUUAACAUGGACAUUUUUUUUGUAAUAUAGCAUUUACUUUGCUUUUGAUUACAUUACAUGGUCUAAUCUGAUCCCAGAUGUAUCUGCUAUUUCAAUGUAUCUCAUAUAUGCAUUAAAUUUGUUUUUCUGAUAUUAUUCAUAUAUUCAUAGUUUGGUCACAUUUGGUUAAUUAAAACACAUGAAAAUGACAAACAAGAAGGUUUAACUAGCUUAUCAGUCAAGAGCCAUUUUAUUUCCUGGAUGAGAUGAAACCAGAUAAAAAUAAAAAUUCAGUUAUGUUGGAGCAAAAUCAUUCUUUUUCAGCCCCCUUAGGCAACUAAGUCAUUUCCUAGUCCAUGAGAUCACCCUUGCCCUGAUUUACUUUGCAAUUUCCUAACUACUAUCUGUUCUGUUGUAGAAUCAUUUGCAUUGGGAAAAAAUACCCAGCCCCUUGGUUCAGUAUCAGUGCUCAUUCUCUACUAUAAUUUUGAUAAAUACCUUUAUCAAUACUGGAAAAAUUCCAUGGGUGUUGGUUUUCUAGGAUAUUUUUAAAGGGCCUAAACAUGGGGGAUGAAUUGUGUAUGAUUCAGGCUAUGGUCUAUGUGCUAGUAAGUCUUUCCAGACUGAGGAUUCCAAAAUGAACUGUCCACAUUUGGCCCAGUAAAUUGUCUUGAACACCAAACCCAUCACCCAGUUGGCCAGUGUUAGGGGAUGUGCUUUGAAACCCAGCUGAUAUCAAGCCCAGUCCUCAAUCUGCCACUGUUUUCUGACAACUCAAUAAACAUUUACCUUGACUGCCAAAGUCUAGGACUGCAAAUAACAAGUUUGCUACCCCUUUAUUUGAGAGGGAGUAUAAAAUAGUUGGCAGAGAAUGGGGCAAAGGAGAGAGAGCUACAAAUUUGAGGAGAGUAAUGAUGGAAAGCUGAGAGGUAGGAAAGUGGGGUCUAAGAGAAGAGUGGGGGGAGGGUGUAUUGGGGGAAGAAGAAGAAUAGAGAUGACGAUAUGCUUUUCAUGUUUUGUAACUAAGCUGUAAAUUUUCAUAUACUCUGUACUGUCUGCUAAUUGAGCAGCUCCCAAUCACUUGGACAGGAAACUGUGGAAAAAUUGGUUGCGGUUUUCUCAAGAAGUACUUUUGGUCUAAUAUUUAAUCCCUCAAUUUAUGUCCGUGCAACUUGUAUUCUGUUUUCUAUGAUAAUUAAAUUUCUUUUGAAAUGAUACUUCAGUCACCCUAAGGGUAAGGCUUCUAAUAACUAUAAGUUAUUUAACUUUGCCCUGAAACCUCUUCAAGAACUUGCUUUACUUAUCCUCUUCCCUUCCACAAUAAGUGAGGAUAAUUAGAUCUUUCUUAACCUUUUAUGUUCCAGUGGAAAAUUCUCUAUUUUUUCAUGCUUUUUUUUAAAUUACCAUUACCAUUGAGGUAAAAUCCAGGAUUCUUUCAAACUUUCAAACUUUCAAAAAAACUUUAUUGUCAUUCUAACCGUACAUCAGCUCUGCAGGGCAGAAUGAGACAGCGUUUCCCAGGAGCAGUGCAAUCAUAACAUAACAAAUGCAGCACUAAAUAAUAAACAUAACAAUAAAUAGUAAAACAUAACAGCCACAUGUCAGUUAAAAUCAAGUUAUAAUUGUCCAGUGCAAGUUAAAAGUGUCCAAAGCAGAGUCAGGUGGAGCAGCUAUUUAGUAGUCUGACUGUCUGUGGGAGGAAGCUGUUUAGUAGCCUUGUGCUUUUAGUUUUGAUGCUCCUGUAAUGUUUGCCGGAUGGUAGAAGAACAAACAGUUCAUGAAGAGGGUGUGAGGGGUCUUUAAUGAUGUACCGUGUCUUCUGGAGGCAUCGACUCUGAAAGAGGUCUUGGACAGAAGGUAGGGAGACCCCAAUAACCUUCUCUGCUCCCCUAACCACCCUCUGCAAGGCUUUUUUGUCGACAGUGCUGCAGUUGGAGUACCAGGUUGUGAUGCUAAAGGUCAGCACACUCUCAACCACGCCUCUGUAGAAUGUAGUUAAGAUGUUAGUGGGGAGUGAUGCUUGUUUAAGCUUCCUUCGAAAGUGCAAUCUCUGCUGGGCCCGUUUCACAAUCCCAAUGGUCUUCCUGGACCAGGUGAGAUUGUCCGAGAUCUGCAUCCCAAGGAACUUGAUGUUUUCCACUCUCUCCACUGUGGAGCCGCUGAUGCUGAGGGGUGUGUGCUCAGGCUGAGACCGUCUGAAAUCUCUUUCCAGACUGUCAUUCCUUUCCCGUGAUGUGCCCUAAACCUCACCACAAUUGUAACCCUACCAAUGAUUCGGACUGUUUCAGUAUCUGCUCCUGGUUCCUAAAUUUAGAUACAAACCCAAAAUGUCAGAUCACUUUGUAUGAUCUUUUAUAGGAUGUGGUAGGUAAAGCCAGUUUAUAAUUUGACACUUCUUUUAGCAGCAUGUGGAAAUAGGGGGAGGAGGGAGGUGCUUGCUUUUUGGAAGGUGAAUUCUGAUUUUUUUUUUAAUGGUUCCAGUUCAGUGUCCUGUAUCUAAAAGCACAAGGCAUUAAAUCUCAGAGUAGAGAUAAUAGAUAAUGUGUAUUCAAAGGACUGCCAUAAUAAUAGCAUCAAUAAUAGCUUCUAUAUCCUAGUAGAGUAAGAAAUAAAAUAAUUAUGCAGGCUCCAGGUAACCUGACUAUGCAUAAUUGUAUUUUGCUCCAGCUUUGUGGGUACACUUUCAUAUAAAGAGGUAUUCAAAAAUUCAUAUCUAUAAUAUAAAUCUUCCGUGUGGUGUUCACUUGCAGCAACAUAACAUGCCCUGCCUCUAUCAGUACCGUAAUACUAAUUGUGUAUAAAAAGUUUACACUAAAUAAUGGAAAAUGUCCCCGAUAAAUUGUCAAAAAUCUCUGUUUCUCUCAGUGGGCAUCCUCUGAAUGUACUGUGAAAGAUUCUCUGACAUCCUGUACUCACUUUUAAAAUUGCCUGUAUGCCUGUUUGUUUGUUUUUUAACACUCACAGCUCUUUAUUCUACUGUUUAAAAAUCUCAGUAUGGCACAAACUAGUUAAUCUAAGAGCACUGUCAUAUUUUUUGCAUUAAAUUACAGAUGCCAGAUAUCUGCCCAUUCCAUCAAAGUCCACUAACUUCACAAUGUCUGCUUUAGGGUGUUAUCAGUAAGUUUCAAUAUACACUAAUACUAUAUGCUAGCCCAAACCUAUAAUUCAUUUUAAAACAAAGGUAACAGCAAAAAUCUGAAGUGUAUAUUAUUUUUUGCAAGCCAGAAAUCUCUGUAUUCUGUGCCCAGCAAGCGCUCAGUCUGUAUUUACUCUUCUUCUUUGGAGUUUGGAGUCCCUUGGAAUCAAGGAUGACUUGCUUUCAUUCUUCCACAUAUGGGGCUUGAUGUCUCUGACAGGGUAGCAGGAGGUGGUUUGUGAUGAUGCUGCUAAUGUUCCCAUGAGCUGUGGUAUACUCCCAAUGCACAGAAUUAGUGUUCUCAAAACAAUUUCAAAUGUCCUUUCUCCACUUUAAGCAGUCAUGGGCAAAAAAUUUCUAAGAGUCAAUGUAAUUACAUUCCUUUUAAUACCAUAUGCCUUGAUGCUUGUAAGAAGUCUUGUUAUGACAUUUUCUCAAACACCAUUUAAAUUUCUAAUGUACAUCAUUCUGUAUUUCUAUUUGAGUUCUGUAAAUUCUUCAUAUAGAUUCAAUUAAAUUUGUUGAGCAUGAUCUGGCUGACUGUGGCUGCUUCAUGACAUUAAUUCUUCGCUAACUUGCUGCGCAUUAAACACAUAAAUAAUUCAUUAAUUACUGAAAGAAGACUAAUUCUGUUUUAUCCCAUUCCCAGUUUAUUUCUUUGUGACUACAAUGCAUCAUAGAUAUGGUCAGUAUAAGAUCAUUUGACACUUAGAAAAUGAAUGAAAUUAUUAUAGAACAUUUUUUCAAUUUUCUGUUUUACCAUGAUAGAGAAUGGAAGAUUUAUUCAAACAUAUUUGAUGCUUAAGUGCAUGAAUAGUGCAUGGAGUUGAUUUUAAAGCUAGAUUAAUGCAGAGAUAAGGGGUCAGUAUUUUAACAGAUUUUCUGUAAGAUUAGUGACAUUCUAAAAUCUUAAUGCAGAAUUUAUAAUUUUAAUAAUGUGGUAUUGUUGAAAAUACUUGAGCCCUGACUUGAUUUCUGCAUCAGGAAUGUACCUUGCAAAUUGUGUUUUCAAAAUUCCCUUGUCCUUCAAUUUAAGAGAUGCAGAGCCAUGAUUUCACACCUCUUGCCUCCCCCACUCCAAGUUCACAGCACAAACUCGUCUGAGCCUGUCAACACCACCACUUGAAACUAGCCCUACAAAAGAAGCCUUGACUAGCACAUUUUUUAAUGUUGGAAUCUUGCUGCUGAGUCAGUGUACAGUAUAAUAUUUGUUUUUGGUGUAUUAGCAUUUAGUGCUUUCUCUCAACUCUAAUACUCAUCUACACCUAAAUAUUCCAUUUAUCUCUUGCACUUUAAUACUUCUUUCACAUUCCUUUCAAGUGCACUUUAAUGUUCCAGCCUGCUUGCCUCUACAUUUGAAUGCCCACUCAUCUUGAUUCUGCACUUUAAUACUUCCCUCAUCUAGUCAUGAUGCACUUUAUCAUUUCCUGCCUCUCAGCAUUACCCUUUAAUCCUCUCCACUUGAGACUGCUCUUCAAUAUUACUUUCAACUGCUUACAGUUCACUUUAAUUUUCUUCUCAACCGAUUUCACUGCACUUUAACUUUCCUGACACCUUUUCUCAGUGCACUUUAACUUUCCUGACACCUUUUCUCACUGCACUUUAAAGCAAUGAUCAGCAUGCUGGCAAUGAUUUAAUUGGAGGGGCAAUUUUGCAUCCAUGUGUUUGGCUGCAUACUCCUGGUAUGGAGUCUGGUCGGUGCUAGAAUAUUUUCUUAACUAGUAUAUACACCCUAUUUUUCCCAGAUCAUUGAUACUUCAAUUCAACUGUGCAUCUAAUUAUUAUUAACCGGAUUUCUAAUGAAAUCAUGAUUUCUGCUAGCAGUUGGUUCAGUGUUGUGGGGGAAAACCUGGGGAGUGGGGCUAGGCCAGAAUAGCAAGUUUAAAUUCUACUAUAUUUAAAAUUUUCUGAUGGUCUUGCCUCGUUUACCAAUUUUCUUGUACAUCUUUCUGUAAAUCCUCAUCUUCCACCAGCUAGUUAAUCAUAUGCAACAGGAUCCCAUCUUCUCACCUUCAGGUGUCCUUCAUCUAGUCUCAGAACAAUGAUACCUGCUUGAAAGAAAGCAAUGUUGAAGAUUGUGGAUUUAAAAUGCAAACAAUAUUUUCCAAUGAAUACGAGUCAGCUAAUUUAAACAAUUGUUAGAUGUGUAAAAUUCAUCAACAAUUUAUCUAAAACAAACUUUUGCAGUAUUUCUCAUCUCUCACUCCUCAUUAAAGUCUUUUUUUUAAAAGUCUCCAGCCCCAUCAAUGUCAGUUCUUCUAUUUACUUAGCCUGUAGAUAGGAACAGCUAUGGAGUGAUGGUGUAUUUGAUGUCCAUUUUGCUUGCCUUCAGUGAAUGUUUUAACAGUUAAUAUGAAGAGGAAGUACAGUUACUACGAUGUUUUUUUUAUUCUCAGUCAAUAUUAAUUCAAAUAAUUGAUUUAAAAGUGGUCAGACAAAGCACUACUCUCAAAUCUAAAAGUAUUUUUUCAAAAAGAAAAUAACAGUACAGUGGCUAUUCUGCACCAGUAUUUUGCUCAGUCUACUACAGUUUCUUGUUUCCAAAGGAGAUCUGCUAAAUUAGAACCAAUUGUAGAUCUAAUCAGGAUCUGUUCCACAGUAGAUCCAGAGUCUACACAGAAAGAAACCAUUUAGUCCACCUGAUCUUCAUUUCGUCUUGGAAAUGCUGGCCAGUUCUACUCUCGGCCUAAAGAGUUGACUGUUUAUUCCUCGCCAUAGAUGCUACCCGUCCUGCUGAGUUCCUCCAUUAUUUUGUAUAUUACCCUGGAUUUCCAGCAUCAGCAGCAUCUCUUGUGUCUACUCUUUUGGUCUCUGACUUUGGCUCUUCAAAGUUUACUGCUUCAUGCAUUACCUUAUUUUCUUUUGAGUAAAUUGUGCACAUUAUCCCAUUUUGACAUUGACUUCCAAAUCUCAGUUGUUUUGCAAAAACACACACAUUCCAUGCAAGUUAUUGGCCCUUCAAUUUCUUCAAUAUUUAUUAGUUUUCAUGCUCUUGUGCUCAAAGAUGAGCAAUGCCAGCUUUUCCAUAACCAUAAUCCCUCUGGGGCCAUUUUAGUAAAUCUCUUCAAAGCCUUCAUGUCCUUCAAGGCUAGUAUUAUUCCAUACUAAUCCAAGUCACCAUUUAAAUUUCUUCCAGAUUAUUGUUUCUGUAAAGUCCCCACCUCUGAAAAUAAACCAUCUCUCAUCUAAGUACCAGGUCCACAGUUCUCUCCAUAGUUGAAUAAGGGUACACUUCUAGUCCUUCCAUUGGAAGAUGAUGGCUUGCACCUCUUCAUUUCCUACCUGUUCUUCUGGGAGAAACCAUGAGUGCAUUGAUCUGGACCGUGCUUCAUCUAUUUACAUCUCAACUGUAAUCCCAGUAACCUGCUCAGUUGCCAUAGCUUUUAUCAAUAUCCUUUGCUUUGGCCAGUAUCUAUCCCAAUCAUGCAUGUUAUUUGAACAUUCAUGGGCUUGAUUAAUCGUCUGACAAUCAUUUUGUCAAAUGUACCCAUUGAAGAUCUUUGAUUCCACUUUUAUGUUGGCAACCAAAACAUUCUCGUACUUCUCCCCUCUUUGUUUUGAACUUCUCCAACCUUAUCACCUUGAUUCUUCCUUGUGUUGUCAAGCUAGCAUUUGUUCUUUCUCUGUUUCAACCUACUCUAACCAUCAUGCCACCUACAUCACUACUUUAAUUAUACUCCUUCCCCUCUUGAAGAAAUGUAACCAGACUAUAUCCAAACCAUUGAUUCCUGAGGUAUUCUUUAGACUUCGUUUUAGAAAGCUAUUUUUUGUUCUAAAAAAAAAAUCAUGUCACUCUUGGUACGUAGGUUCAGACUACAUUGUAAUCUCCAUAAAGCAUUGUGCUCAGUCCUUCAGAUUUAUCAACUUAAUAAAACUUAACUCAUAUAUUGAGAAUUGUGGUAUUGGAUUAAAUAAAGGCACUCAUUUCAACAUAAUUUGUCUUACUUUUCAAUCGUUCCUUGCAAAUCAGUUCAGCUGUUAUUUUAGUUGCCUACAAAUGCACUUAAAGUGUAUGAGUUGUCUGUUGGAGGUAAGGUGAGAGUGUAGUAGCCACAAAGAUUCACCCAUAAUCUCACUGAAUGUUGGGGUGACUCAGAAAGCCAUGCACUGCUGCUACUCCAGUUACUUAACAGCUCCGGGUUCUUUUUUCAAAUAGAUUGUGUCUUUGACUUUCUCAAAGAAUGCUGUCUUUUCAGGGCAGUGAACCAAAGCUGCCAAUGUAGUUAUUCAUCCAUUUAGCAACUUCAGAAUACUUCUGUUCUUUAAAAUACUGUGCUGUUGGACACCUAUAGACAGUUUAGUUUGAACACUUGUAACUUAUUUUGAUAUUGAUUAACAAUAAUUAGUGGAUUACAAUUAAAUUUAUGAAUAUUGAAGCAUUUCUAUUCAUGGUGAUCUUGGAUUCUGGCUGACUACAAAAUAUUUUUGAUCACUAGAAAAUAUUGAGGCCAUGUUAUUGUUUAAGUAGUAUGGAACAAUGUGUUGAAUUCUGAUAUCUCAUCAAGUUACUUGAUUAACUACAUGUAACUGGCUCAGGUGGAUAUAUUAAAAUGUCAGGAUAAUCACUGACCUAAUAAGUGCAUGUAUUGACACAUUUAUAACCAUAAUAAUUGAUUCUGGUGUGCAUUUUGUGUUGGUUCUUUACAUUUGGGACCCACAACAGGUUAAUGUUUACAUGGUGAAGUAUAAGCAAUAAUCUGAAGCACAUGGAAUUCUGAUUCGUAGCUUUGCAUGGAAAAUGGGAAAAUAAAGAACUCAACAGCAACUGUUUUGCUUUUUUUAAAAUUUUUUGGGUUUAUGUAUUCAAUGGUCCUCUGGCAAUUUCAUCUUUGGAUUUGAAAGCCUCCAGCAAACUAACUGAGAGUAAAUUUCAAUUUUUUAUGCUUAAUUCCAGUAGAAGUAUCUGUGAUGUAUUUUCAUGAUGAGCUUAUUGAUGAAUUAUAUAUUCAUUGCAUUUGUAUCAAAUCUACUAGGGACAUACGUUAUUCAUGCAUAAACAACGUUUUUAAGUGGAUGUUAUUUAAAGCCCUUAGCAAAGUGUACCUCAGUCUGUUCCCUUUGGCAUAUAUUUUAUAAAAAUCAAUAAUUAACAAAUUCUGACCAAAUUAAUUAUUUUUCCUGAUAAAUUGAUUCCAAAAUGAACACAUUCUCAAAUGAUUGUGUUAUAUAUUAGCAUAUCUGUGCUGUAAAAUUGAUAUUACCCAAAGAUAAUAGCUGUCCUUAAGGGGAAAACAGUGGAGUUUGCAAAGAGCAAUGUCAGUUUCAAUACACUGAAUCUAUUCAUUACAUCAGAUCAUGAAAUGCUAAGUGUUACUUGCACAAUGCAAUACAGUUUUGUGCACUGAUUGCAUUACAGUACAGAUACAUCGAAAAACUUGUAUUUUAUACAGUUAGCUUUGCAUGUUGUAAGAUGGAGGAGUUAAAUAAAUAGAAAAAAUGUUGCUGUGCUUAGGAAUGAGGUGAAUAAAGAGGACAUUUUAUGUUGCAAAGUAUUUUAAUUUUUGAGUAUUUGUAUUUUUUGUUUUAGAUCAAAUGUGUACUUGUAGAUUUGUGUUGUUAAAUAUUGAAUUUCUGUUAAAAUUUUAAUCAACACUCUGCAAGCUCGCAAAGGAUGCAAAACUGAUGUGAAUUUUUUCUAGUGCUCUAAAAAUAAUGUAAUUUUUCCAGUUAUGAAAGAUCAAGAUAUGUAAUAAGUUUGGUAUAUUGUAACUAAUAACCUUUAUAAUUAAAUAUUGAUAUAUUGCCACAGACAUCAAAUGUUUUCUGAAGUCAAACUACAAGCACAUUGUAUUUUUUGUCUUUUUACUUUAUCUGCAUCUGUUCAAAUCAAAACAACUGCUUUUCUAAAAAAUUUUUCACUGUUUAAUCUUCUAUGACAUUUAAAUUACCUGUAGCAAAUAAUGGAAUGAAAUUCUCAAGUUUCAACUGUAUAAGGUACUUGUCUAAAUCUGACAAUUAACACUUAAAAGUAACUACCGCAUUUGCCGGAAAAUAUUGAAAUGCACAACUUGUAAAUGCCAUUCCUCAGGUAACUAACAUUUUCCUGAAAUUAUUUCACACCAUCUC